AUGGCCACUGCAGAGGGAUUUCUUCAAAGCCCACUGGUUGUUUGGGCGAACAACACUUUCAAAGGAAGUGCUCUCAUAGAAUCAAUCACAGACUUGGCUGAUGGAGUUUUUCUGAACGAGAUCAUGAUGGACAUAGAUCCAACUUACUUCACGUUGACGCGAAUUCAUCAAAAUGUUUACGGGGAUGUGAGUUUGCGGAUACAAAAUUUGGACAUACUUGUCAAACACUUGAGAAGUUAUUACCAGGAGAAACUACAGCAGCUUGUUAUUUUAAGAAUUCCAGACAUUGUGACAAUAGCUCGUGAACCACAGAGUGAUGAAGCAGCAGAAGAACUCACCAAGAUCCUGCUGUUGAUGCUGGGUUGUGCUGUCCAGUGUGAUAAUAAGGAGCACUUUAUUGAAAGAAUCAAAGAGAUGGACCUUGAAGUUCAAAGAUCUUUGGUGGAACAUAUCCAACAGAUCACAGACAAUCCAGACAAUGUUCUCACCUUCCGACCUCAUGACUUGGCUGAAUAUUCUGCUGAGCAGUUGUUGGGUUUUGCGGAAAGUAUGUUUUAUCACAUGACACAGUUGGCUGAGGACAGAGACAACUGUUCAGGGAUGAUGUCACACCUGUCUUACGAAAGAGAUGCACUUCUCCGUGAUAGUGAAACCAAGGGUCGUCGUCCAUUUUCACCACCAGCAAGCCCUGCUGUCAGUCACAGCAAAGAGUUGACUUCUACAUAUGCUAACAAGGAAAAGAUCAGACUUCUCACUGAGGAAAUAGAGGAAAAGAAUGUUGCCCUCGCAGAACUUCGAGAUGAGCUGCUGGCCAGCAAAAAGGGUUUGGAGGCACUAAGGCAGGAGAAUAAGAGUUUAUCCCAAGAUGCCCGAUGGGUGAAAGCUUACAGAGAUGAGAUUGAUGCACUGAAGUCAAAGACGGACAAAGUUGAUAGACUUGAGGCUGACAACCAGAGAUUUAAAGAAAAGCUACGGGAUUUAGAUUACUACAAAAAGAGAGCAGAGGAACUGAAAGAACAGAAUGAGUUAUUAUAUGAAACCAAACUUGUUCUGGAAGAACAAGUGGCUGGAAUUAACUCCAAAGAAGAAAGAAUCGAAAUAUUGGAGGAAGAAAAUAAAAAGUUGAAGUCUCACAUUCAUCAUUUAGCAGAGGAGAGGCAGUUCGACCAACUAAAGUUAAAGGAAGUGAUGGAAGAAAAUGCUCAGCUAAUUGUAGACAAACAGAACAGCAUGUCUGAGGCUGCCGCUCUAACGUCUGAAGUAGAUGCACUCCGCGGGAAGAAAUCUCCAGGUUCCUCAACGUUUGCCAGCGAAUUUAGCGAGUCCAGCUCCAUUGAAGUUCUUCGAAUGCAAAAAGAAAACCAACAACUUAGGAAAACCAUCGACGAAUUAAAAAACUCGAAUCAAAGGAUCAUUGAACUGGAAACUGCAAAUGAACAGCUGCAGAAGGCGACCUUGGAAGGGAAAACAACAGUAUUUCACCUGAAUGAGGAGCUUGCAAAAUUAAAAGCGCGAAAUUUACAGCUGGAGAAUGACUUAAACAAGAUGCGCUCUGUUGUGAAGCAACAACAAGAAGAGCUGAAGACUUCUGUGGACAAUGUGCUAAACCUGUCUGGAGAACUGAGGGAGAAAGGCGUCGAAAUGGCUCAAGUCGAAGAGCAAAAUUUACUUAACUUUCAGCUUUCAGAAGAGAAACAACGGAAUCUUGUUGAUCUGGCUGAAGAGCUGAAAGAGAAGAACGUCAAACUCACACAGUUAAACCAAGAUGCUGAGCAAAAACAAGAGAAAAUAAUAGAACUCAGCCGGGUAGCCGAAGAGAGACAAGCAAACGUUAUGGAAUUGUAUCAGCGGGUAAAAGAAAACGAACAUGAAAUAAAAAACCUCGCAGAACAGUCCGAGAGUAAAGGCGAGAAGAUUGCGGAGUUGACGAGGUUGGUGCAGAGGAAGGAAGAAAAACUCGCAGAUUUAAACUUGGAAGUAAAAGAGAGGAAAAAAGAAAUUUCAGAGUUGCAAGAUUCGGUGAAGGAAAAAGACGACAUCGUUGCGAAGAUCACUCAAAAGAUGAAAGAUAGAGAAGAAGUGAUUGCGGAGUUAAAAGAGAGUAUUGAAGCUAAAGAUAGGCGGAUUCAGAGUCUUGAGAAAAGACUCACAGAGGCAGCUGACGAACAAAAUGAAACAGAAGAAAUGCUGAAAAAGCAAAGGAAAGUCAACGCUGAGCUUGAAAAUAGAAUCGAAGAUUUCUUGUCUCGCAGCAAGAAGUCCGAAGAGAACAUCAGAAGGAAAGACGACGAGAUUAACGAACUCGAGAACAGGGUUGAAGAAACAGUCAAUCAAAAGAACAGAACAGACGAGAACCUCAGAAAGAAAGAAAAAGAAGUCUACGAAUUGAAAAAUGGACUCGAAAAAGUCACUGACGAAAAUGAGAGAAUAUCAGAAGAGCUUAAGUUCAAGGAGCAAAAAGUACAGUCUUUGCAGAGAAGAGUGGAAGAACUAAUGCUUUCCUUGGAUGAAAACUCAGAGACACUGAAUAAAAACCUCAAGGAAAAGGAAAAGGAGAUCAGAAAUCUCGAAAGAAGAAUUGAAGACCUUACUGAAGCGUUGGACGAGAGAGAAAAAAUUAAACAACUCGUGAAGGAAAAAGAGGAAAAGUUAGAAACACUGAACAAGUACUUUGACGAAAAGGACAAGUUAUUACAGGAACUCGAAAGCAGGUUGGAGGAAUCAAAUGGUGAGAAGAAAAAACUUGAGCAUAUGACGAAACUGAAGGAUAAGAAGAUCGAAGCUCUUGAAAGCAGUCUGGCUGAAGUAGAAAAUACCAGCACGGUGCAAAAAGACGAUCGACUUAUGGAUAUGAAGAGAAACGUAGAAGGGAAAGACAACAGAAUUAUCGAGCUGGAGAGCAGAUUGGAGGAUGUGUCAUUGGCCAACUGUAAGCUCCAACAAGGUCUGAAAAUCAAGGAGGAGAAGAUUACCGAGUUAGAAACGAAGAUUGAAGAUGUCGAAAAUUUAACGUCCGAGAAGAACAGGCUGACCCAUAGUUUGGAUCAGAAAACGAAAAAGGUUUUGGAUCUAGAAACGAAGCUGGAAGAAAUGUCAAGCGACAACCAGAGAUUACAGCUUAGUAUCGAGCAGAAAAAUGGAAAAAUAAGAUCGCUGGAAAACAAGGUUUUAGAACUUGAAGAGUCCUUGGGCUCAUCGCAUCUUCUGCAGCAAAAUAUCAAACAGAAGGACGAGAAGGUUUCCGCGUUAAAUCAGGUCAUUCAGGAAAGAGAGGAAAAGCUUGCUGAACUGGAAAAUAAGCUGGAGGAUGCCCAGGCUCGUAAUCAUAAACUGGUGCACAGUCUAAAAAUGAAGGAGGAGAAGAUCACAACACUGGAGGAAAGUGUGGAAACUCUAGAUGAGCUCAUGUCAGAGACGAAGAAGCUUAACCAAGCCGUUCAACUGAAAGACGAGAAAAUCAAAGCGUUGGAAAACAAAUUGGUAGAAUUUGAAGAAUUGACUUCUCGCAACGCCAAGUUGUCAGAUUACCUCAAGCAAAAAGAUGAUAAGAUUGUUCGACUUCAAGAGAGGCUGGACGAAGUAGAAGAUGCCGUAAACAUCAACAAUAAAUUAAGCCAAACUGUGAAGAACAAAGAUGAGAAAAUCUCCAGCUUUGAAACCAGGCUUGGCGAGAUGGAAGAACAACUAGACAACAGAGACAAGGAAUACAGAGACAUGAAAAUGAAAGCUGAGGAGCGAAUCAAAGCUUUGGAGAAGAACUUGGAGGAACAAACCUGUAAAAAAGUGGCUCGACAAAACAGUGUGAAAAGAAGAGAAGAUAAAAUAAUAGACUUGGAAAAAAGAAGAACGAAGCUUGAAGAGUACGUUGAAGAAAGAGAAGGAAAAAUCCACGACCUGCAGUCAAAACUGGAAGGUACUGUGAACAGAUACAGAAAGCUGGACAUGACAGUUGGCGAGAAGGAGAUGGUCAUAGCCGAGUUACAGGCAAAGCUUAUCGAAGCACAGGAGACCACCCGUGAGAUCCGAAAGCUGAACCAAAUUAUGAAGACGAAAGAUGCCCGGAUAGAAAACUUGGAGACAAAAGUUGAAAGUGCAGAAAGCGAACUCGCCAGUCAUGAAAGUGAGAUACGAGCUAAAGACGAAAAAAUUGAGACUCUUCAGAAAAGGCUAGACGAGACGCUCAACCUUAAUGGCAAACUGGAUCAGUCUGUGCGAAAGAAAGAGGAAAAUAUUCGCACACUGGAGAAAACUUUACAGGCAAACGAGACGAGGGAAGAGGAGUUGGAAAAAUUACUCGAAACAAAGACUGGCAAAGUGUUAGAAUACAAAAACAGAGUCAAAGAAUUAGAGACUGACGUAGAAAAUAAAGAUGACAAGCUUUCAGAGUUACAAAAACGGUAA